ACUUUCCUGUUGUUGUUCUCCAAGAGAAAGGUACCCGAUAGAGCUUUGAACAUUGUUGGGAUCCUUGUUUUCUGGACUUGGUUUCCUCUUCUUGUUUCAUUCUUACCCAAUUGGACAGAGAGGGUGUUGUUUGUGCUAGCAAGCUUUUGUGUUACAUCAAUCCAACAUGUUCAAUUCUGUUUGAACCAUUUCGCGGCCAAUGUUUAUGUUGGACCCCCUAAGGGGAAUGAUUGGUUCGAGAAACAAGCGGGUGGGACGAUUGACAUUUCAUGCGUCUCUUGGAUGGAUUGGUUCUAUGGUGGGUUGCAAUUCCAGCUUGAGCACCAUUUGUUCCCUCGGAUGCCUAGGUGCCAAUUGAGAAAGGUUUCGCCUUUUGUGAGGGAACUAUGCAAGAAGCAUGAUUUGCCGUAUAGGAGUCUUUCCUUCUAUGAGGCCAAUGUGCAGACAAUCAAGACUCUCAGGGACGCGGCCUUGCAGGCUCGGGACCUCACCAACCCUGUUCUGAAAAAUUUGCUUUGGGAAGCCGUCAACACCCAUGGCUGA